CCACACCACUUUUCUAGAUUUUCAUCCUCAUAUCGCAUUAUUCAUGACGAAACUCCGGAGGAAUAUCAUAGCUUAGUUAUACCAUUUCUUGGUCAAAGGCCAAAGGAUCUUGCAUGGGUUGACAACAUCCUACUCGGCAAGGCCGAAACGGACCGAAUCAUAUUUUCCGACCAGGAUCCAAACAUUGGAUUUACACUCGUCCUAGAUUUUCGCUGGGAUGGACGGUUCCUGCAGAGUAUGCACAUUCUAGGUCUGGUACCUCAUCCGGGCCUCACGUGCCUCCGAGAUCUCCGUUCGGAACACAUUCCACUAUUAAAGCGAAUGCUGUGUGAAGGUCGUUCCCGCAUAAUUGACCAUUAUGCCAAAGUCCGCCCAGUUAUGGAGCAAGAAAGUGUUAACGACGAGGCGAGUCCCAAGCCUGCUGUACCACCUAACCAAGGUUUAUCACGCACCGGUGAAAGUGCUUUAAAGGAAAAUCAGAUUUUGGCCUAUUUUCACUAUCCACCUACAUUCUAUCGUCUUCAUGUGCAUUACGCUCACGUAGACGCCGCAUGUGAGCAUGGUACUAGAGUCGGCCGCGCUCAUCUCCUUUAUGAUGUAAUACAGAAUCUAGAACUAGAUGGCGAUUACUAUGCCAAACGAAUAAUACCAGUUUACUUGCAAACGGAUGGCGAUAUGCUAAAAGCUCUGCAGAAUGGGUCCUCUCACAGUGAACAUAUUGUCCCUUCGACCGAGGUGACAGAUCAGACUAAAUAG